GAAGAAACCCUACUCAGAAGUUGAAUAAAAGCAGUGAUUUUUCUGACGAACAGAGACACCUAAAUGGGCUCAGAGCAGCACAGAUUUCCUCAGCAGGAACAGAGGAAAAGGUGGGGAGGUUGUUUAGGAGUGUUCUCUUGUCUCAAGUCACAAAAAGGUGGAAAAAGAAUUGUACCAGCAUCUCGCAUUCCUGAAGGCGGCAAUGUCUCGGCCUCACAACCUAAUGGAGCUCAUCAAGCUGGUGUCUUAAAUAAUCAAGCUGCUGGAGGGAUUAAUCUAUCUCUUCUGGCUCCACCUUCCUCUCCUGCUUCCUUCACCAAUUCAGCUCUUCCUUCAACCGCUCAGUCACCAAACUGCUACUUAUCGCUGGCUGCGAAUUCACCGGGAGGUCCUUCGUCGAGUAUGUAUGCCACUGGACCAUAUGCUCAUGAAACCCAAUUGGUCUCACCGCCUGUUUUCUCUACAUUCACCACCGAGCCUUCGACUGCUCCUUUCACUCCUCCUCCAGAGCUUGCACGUCUGACUGCUCCUUCUUCACCUGAUGUACCUUAUGCUCGUUUCUUGACUUCCUCCAUGGAUCUCAAGAACUCUGGUAAAGGUCAUUACAAUGUUUCAAGCGACCUUCAAGCUACAUAUUCUCUUUAUCCCGGAAGUCCAGCCAGCGCUCUUAGAUCACCAAUCUCUCGGGCUUCGGGAGAUGGGUUAUUAUCGCCUCAAAAUGGUAAAUGCUCAAGGAGUGAUUCUGGCAACACAUUUGGGUAUGACACAAAUGGAGUCUCCACACCUUUGCAGGAGUCAAACUUCUUCUGUCCUGAAACUUUUGCCAAGUUUUACCUGGAUCACGAUCCUUCGGUUCCUCAAAACGGUGGAAGAUUAAGUGUGUCCAAGGAUUCAGAUGUUUAUCCUACAAAUGGAUAUGGAAACGGGAACCAGAGUAGGCAAAACAGAAGUCCCAAGCAAGACAUGGAGGAGUUAGAAGCUUACAGGGCUUCCUUUGGAUUCAGUGCAGAUGAAAUCAUCACAACUAGUCAGUAUGUAGAGAUCACUGAUGUGAUGGAUGAUUCUUUUAACACAGCAGCUUACUCACCAAGCGAUGGACAAAAGCUUCUUAGAAGAGAAGCAAAUCUGCUGAGUCAAACAAGCCCCAAAUCAGAAGCAAAUCUUGAUUCACAAGCUGUAGACUUCCAUUCACCAAAGUCAUCAAAUGGCUACAAAGAUCACAAACAAAGAAACCGGAUCCAUGCGGAUGAAGAGGCCUUAUUGUCGAGAGUGGGGUCUGUAAAAGGAAGCAGAGGCUAUCCUAUUUCAAGCUCGGAUGCAGAGGUCGAAUACCGAAGAGGAAGAAGCUUAAGGGAAAGCAGAGAGAACAGACACAGGAUAGCCUGAUCAAGAACAACAAAGCCAGCUCUGUUCUAAAGGUCUUCUGAGCUCUAGAAAGUAUUAAAUAUGGAUCUUGUGAUGCUAACUCUCAAGAUAAUAAUCUAGUUUUUUUUAA